AUGUCUCUUCUUGUAUUUCUUCUGGGAAUUUUCUACUUGGUUUCACAUGUAAAUGGCUACGGUCGUCAUGCGAGUUGGAUUAAUGCUCACGCUACUUUCUACGGUGGAAGUGAUGCUUCCGGAACGAUGGGUGGGGCUUGUGGAUAUGGAAACCUUUAUAGCCAAGGUUAUGGAACUAACACAGCAGCUUUAAGCACUGCAUUAUUCAACAAUGGAUUAAGUUGUGGAGCAUGUUAUGAAAUUAAAUGUGUGAAUGAUCCACAAUGGUGUAUACCUGGAUCCAUAUUAGUUACUGCCACUAAUUUUUGUCCACCUGGUGGUUGGUGUGACCCUCCUAAUCACCAUUUUGAUCUUUCUCAACCUAUUUUUCAACACAUUGCUCAAUAUAGGGCAGGGAUUGUGCCUGUAGCUUACAGAAGGGUAAGAUGCAGGAGAAGAGGUGGAAUAAGAUUCACCAUCAAUGGUCAUUCUUACUUCAAUUUAGUACUUGUGACUAAUGUUGGAGGUGCUGGUGAUGUACAUUCUGUGGCCAUCAAAGGUUCAAGAACUAGAUGGCAAGCCAUGUCAAGAAAUUGGGGGCAAAAUUGGCAAAGCAAUUCUUACCUAAAUGGACAAAGUCUUUCCUUUGUUGUUACCACAAGUAAUGGUCAUAGUGUGGUUUCAUUCAAUGCUGCUCCAGCUGGUUGGUCUUUUGGUCAAACCUACACAGGAAGACAGUUCAACUAUUAAGUAACAUUAAUCAAAAAUCUUUUCAACAUUGUUUAGUAAUUAAUAGUAAAAUAGUAUAGUAAUUGGAUUCUAAGUAGUAAAAGUGUGACGUCGUAUAAUCUCAAAUCAACGGCAAAGAUUAUUAAAGAUGAUUUAAUAAAGAUGUAAUGUGAGGUGACUCGUUUUAGAUAGUCUAAAUAUGUAAUCGUGCGAUUUUCUAAAUCUAGGAAAUCCGAGUCUCGGUUUGUGAGAUUAGAAAAGGGACCAAGUUAUAGUUGAGUAGUGUAAAUGGAUUUGUUAGUGUUGGGCUACAUAGAAUAUGGUUUAGCCCAUUUUAUUUAUAUUUAUUUUGAAUUUUGUAAAUGGCAAGCAUUUGCAGAUGAUGUGCUGGCUUUAUUUAUGCUGUGCCUCAUACUUGCCAUGUUGAGAAAGAUUAAUGUUAAAGAGAUUGUUGAAUGUGCUUUUGUACUUUAAUUAUUGAUGAAUGAAUGUGAAAGAUCAUGCUUCAAUUGUGUUAUAA